AUGUCUCCUAGCAGCCGCGACGCGCAGCGCACGGGGAUGGGGGGGAGCCGGCAGCCCGGCCAGGGUGGUCAGAACACUGAAUGCCUCAUCCAGGAGGGUCCUGAUACAGAGAACAACUCACCUAUUAUACCCAUAGCUGACCAAGAUGUCAUCAAGGUUCCUAGAUCUCUCCACUUGCCCUCUACUGUCAACCCACCCAAGGACUUAAUCCGCUGCCUGCCCCCUCAUCUGUCCAUGUACAUCCUGGGGUUUUUGGAUCAGAAAUCCCUCGCUUCAUGUGCUGCUGUGAGCAGAUGCUGGGAAUACCUGGCCACAGAAGUCAAGAGGGAACGUGAAUGUCAUAGUGUAAUACAGGAGAACAUCGUGUAUUUGCAGGGCUUGCGCCCAAGAGGAGCUGUUUCAAACUAUGCUAAAACAGUCAAAGUGGCAAUUCCACAGUUAAAUGAAGAGGGUGAUGUCAUUGAAGCCAAAAGCACUGAUCAGCAAAGUAAAACGAGGGAGAAGGGAAACAAUCUGCAGGAAACCUAUAAAGGUCUGAGAACUGACACAAUCCAGCUGGAAGAGAGAAAUGUCUUCUGUGGCUCCUACAAUAUCCAUAUCCUCAUGGACCAAUCAGACCAAAGCAGAGUAAUCCAUUACAGUGGUGGAAACUUGGUAGCUGUUGCCUCUGCAGAUCGAAAAGUGAGGUUUGUUGGAAUGCCAGGAAUAAAGAAACUGCCUCCUCUGCUCUCUGGCCAUGCCGGGACCAUCAAAGCACUCUAUCUCAAUGAGAAGAAGGGGUUUCUUCUCAGCGCAAGCUUCGAUCUCAGCAUCAGAUGCUGGAAUCUAUACAGUGGUAGUUGUGUGAAAACCUUCAAUGGCCACUGUGGGACAAUCACCUGCUUGGAUCUACAUGAAGAGCAGUUUGUGUCAGGAGCCAAGGAUGGGAUGGUGAAAGUGUGGAGCCUGCAGAGUGGGAAAUGUGUCAAGACUCUGAAGCACAAUAGUGCUGUUGGGGUGGUUAAAAUGAACGGCACCCAUAUUGUCAGUGGGUCUGACCGAGGGCUGGUGAAGGUCUGGAGAGCUGAUACUGGUGCUCUGAUCAAAGUAUUGGAAGGGCACCAAGGCCCAGUUAAGUGCUUGUCCUUUGAUGAGUGGCAUUUAGUCACAGGAAGCACUGACAGAUAUGUCCUGGGAUGGAGCAUGCUGGGAAAACUUAAGAGAUGCCUCGUAGCUUUCCGCCACCCUAAUGAAGUCCUGUCUCUGGAGUUCCUCUAUCUCAGAGUCCUCAGCGGUUGUGCUGAUGGAAAGAUCCGUAUAUUUAACUACUUGACUGGAAUCUGCCUGAAAGUGUUGGUGACCAAUAUCAAAGGGGAUCCCGUAUCUUCUUUCUGUAUCGGAGGAAACAGGAUGGUGAUCAAUUUGUCAAGUAAACUGUUGCUGCUUGAGUUUGAAGAGACCAGGUGGGACUAUACCUUAGAUGCUGACAGAAAGGUGGUGAGGAAGAAAAAACAGGACAAAAGGACUUCACGCAGGAUAUCUGUUCUGCGAGUGAAGCGCCACAGUGUCAAUGGCAAAUCUGAACAUGGCUCUGACAAGGCAGAAGCUACUUUGCAGCAUGAAAGGAAGAAAGACUCAAGAUAUACAAUGUCCCGUUACAAGUUCCUCUUAAGGGUCGGCAUGCUGCAGAACACCUGCAAGCCAGCCCUGGACAACUCCAGCACUGAGAAUGAUGUGAAAGUCAGAGAAGCAUUGGAACCUCCUCUAGAACAUCAGUACCCUGCAAAGGUACAGAAAUACAAAACUCCUCUGCCACCCAAAAGGGAUCAGACAGCGUUGCUCCAGCGUGCAAGACUGCACAGUGAUUCCAUGGCUGUGAGAAUUGUUUCUGUCCCCUUUGAAACCAAAAUGCUGCAGCUCAAGCUGAAAAACUCUUUGUACCGACCCACUGUGAAUUCCUCCAUCCCUGCUCCUUCUGUGGUACAUCCCAAGACUUGUGAUUUGCUGCAGGAAAAGAAAGCUCACAGUGGUGGUGGUAAAGCCGUUUCUUUUGCAGCAGAAGAGGUUCACGUCGCCAGUCCUUUUGCGGCUUCUUCUCAACUGAUCAAAUCAACACGAGUGAUCAUUGCACAAAUGAAAAACAAAGCAUUUUCAAUGAGAAGAAAGUCCUUCUGUCCAUAUGCUGCAAGCCCCUCCGGGAGUGAUGGGGAGUUCAGGCUCCUGACAGCGAAACAGAAGGAGGCGUAUGAGGCAGCUGCUAUAGCACAGUAUCAGGCACACCAGGAAAAGCUCAGAGAAGAACAGGAAAGAGCACGCAAGAAGGCAUGGUUAAGGAAAAUUAAAGGCUUACCUAUAGAUUCUUUUACUGGGGAGGGGAAAAUACAUGCUCCUGAGCUUGGGUUUAAUACAUUUCUUUGA